AUGCGUGCUGUUUUCAUGGAUGCGAUGAGUGAACACAUCUCCGAAUCCGAGCGAGUCCGAGGCUUCCUGAGUCUGAUCCAGACAAGAUUGGCCAAGAAAAAAAUAAAAUUGGCCAAAGUAGAAGUUCAGCGGGAUGCUGAGGUAAGUUCAAUUCAGCUUCAAACAUACAUUUUAAUUAGUUUUUGCUUUCUUUUGCGUCAUCUGAACGCGAUUGUUUGUUGACGCCGCCUACAAGGAUUGUCGGUGCAAAAGUCAAACAGUUUUUUUUUGAAGAGCAAAAUUUGAAACUAGAAUUUGAGGAAAUAGGAAUCUAUCAAAAUACCAAAGCUUGUAAAUCUAUUGUCUUCUAGUUGAUGCAAUGGAUCCGGGCCAAAGACGCGAAUCAGAUCAACCAAGGGCUGGAAGGGGCCGAUGUCAUCAAUCAGCCGGUCGCUGAUUACAUGUUUCAGGUAAAGUUGAGACGCUAGAAGAACGUUUUUUAUAUGUCUCUUGUAUUGUCAUCGGAUUUAGCUAUUGUCAUCGUAUUUUACCAAAAUUUUUACUCUUCUUAGUCCGACAUGGUGCUAAACACCCAGCAGAGUCGAGUUCUGGCUGAUGCCGCCUUACAAGAUCUCCAAGAAGUUGAUCCGUUGGAAGGGAAAAACUUAACCACCCAGCUCCACGAUAUUUAUGGGCAAAUCCCCGAGAUAAAAGAUGAAAAUGAAGAGAAUGAAGACGUGGAAUGGGCCGAAACUCUGGCCGAAUAUGAAGAAAGUAUUCGAGAAAAACGCGAGACUAACUCUCACAAGAAUUGUAAUAAAACCCUGAGGCAUCGGAGGAAACGACAAGCCCAAACCGGGCCAUCUUUCCCCAAGAACCAAUGGACUGUAGGGCAGCCAAUCUCCUAUUAUUUCCAUUCAAAUCUAAGUCCCAGUACCAGGAAUUUAAUCCGGAAAGGAAUCAAGUUCUGGGAGGAGAACACCUGCAUUACUUUCGAAGAGAAUGGAAGUUUCCAUCCGCGGGUGCGCUUCUUCCAAGGCGGAGGCUGCUAUUCGCAAGUUGGGAAGGCUUUUGGACAAGCUGAACAGGUUGUGUCCAUUGGAAGGGGGUGCGAACAGUUUGGGAUCAUCACUCAUGAAGUUGGACAUACCAUGGGUAGGGUCUUUGUCGUUUUUUUUUUAAUUUAAAAGCUUUUUUUCGAAAGAAAGCAGAGCUCUUAAAAAAUUUUUAAUUUUUAAGCUAUAAUCACUACAUUAAAAAUUGAUUUUUUAGUAGAGAGAUGAAAUUAUAACCCCUUAAAAAUCGGCUUUUGUUUCAAAAACCUUACUCCAAUUCUACUAUAAUAUUAUUUCCAGGAUUUUUCCACAGUCAAUCCCGUUACGACCGAGAUUCCUACGUCAAAAUUGUUUAUUCCAAUCUCUCCCCAACUUUGGCAUCGCAAUUUUCGAAACAAACAGAAUCCACGAACAAUAACUACGGAGUCCCAUAUGAUUAUGGGUCUGUUAUGCAUUACGCGGACAGUAAGUUCAGUUGGCAAACAUUACCGAAAUUUCAGCCGAUGCUUCCAAAGGGGUGGUCACAAUGCUGGCCAAGGACAAGAUUUAUCAGCACACCAUGGGAAACAAUGUUGGGCCAAGCUUUGCGGAUCUGCUGGCCAUGAAUAUUUAUUAGUAGGUGGAAAGCAAAACUGAUUUUUUAACAAUUAUAUCAACUUUUUUUUAGUUCUGGUGUCUACUAUAGUAUCAUUUUUAGUGGAUGCACCAAAAAUUGUGCCAAUGGAGUGAUCUGUCGGAACGGAGGAUUCAGAAGACAUGAUUCUUGCGACACCUGUAUUUGCCCAUCCGGAUUUGGUGGGAAGGAUUGCUCGGAAUUGCCUGAGGGCCAAUUCUUUGCCGAAAAGAAUUGUGGCCAAGUAAUCGCGGCCUCAAAGGAAUGGCAGACGUUGAGUAAUCGGGUUGUUUCGAAGCAAGUUACUCUCGCUGAUCGACAUUCUUCUUGCACGUGGCAUAUCAAGGUGAGACUUUAACAUACGAUGACUAAGUCCAAGUUUUUUUGAGGUUUUUAAAAAAAUCAAAAAAAAAUAUUUUUUAGGCGCCAGCAGACGAAAAAGUUCAAAUAAAACUGUUGGAUGUCUAUGGAGCAUGUUCAGCGGGCUGCUUUUACUCUGGAAUUGAAAUUAAAAUUAAAGAUUUCUCAAUGACUGGAUCAAGGUGAGAGUCCCUAAUUAACGGUAAAAUAUAACCUUCAGGGUCUGUUGCCAGUCGGAUGCGGACAAUUUAGGAUAUCUGGAAAGCGAAGGCGACACUGCAGUUAUCAUCGCCUUCUCCGCCUACAAAACGAGAGGCUUCAAGUUGCAGUUUAGAUCGGGUAAGAAACUUAUCGACCGCAGGACGAGGGUUGUUGAAUAUCUCGGAUGACUUUGCGAAGAGAUAGCUAAAGUUUGCAGUAAUUUCAUAUGCAUAUAACCCAAGAAACUUCAGAGAAAAAUUUGAAAAAAUUUAAUAAUUUUUCUUUGAGUAUCUGCUCAUUACAUUAUUUUAGUCAUCUAAAGUGUAAUAUCAAAAUUUUUAAUUAAAUUCUUUCCAAUUUUUUUCCAUUACAUAGCCUGAUGUUUAACCUAAACAUCUCAACUUUCAGUUCGCUACACCUCAAAGCCCUCCUGUGAGGACAAACAAUCGGAUUGUGCCCGUCUUUCCUCCCUCUGCUCCCAUGCCCGAUACUACAAAUUAAUGUCGGAUCGAUGUCCCAAGACCUGUCUCCGAUGUCAGCCUAUUAUCGAGACCAAGGCGGAGACUCAGAUCCGCAAUUUGGCGCCGGAUUUCGAUGCGGACGAGAAGCCGCGCCCAGAAUGCGAUGAGACGGAGGUCUGCGAGCACUGGCAGAAGAAUGGAUUUUGUGAAUCCGACUUUUAUUCCACCGAAAUCAAGAAACGGCAUUGUGGAAAGACCUGCAAAUUGUGCAAUCCCUAA